AUGUCUCGUCCCAAUCGUUUUGCUGAAACACUUAUCUUUUCCUCGCCAAUAGACUAUGUCAGGCGUAAACUGGAUUUUGGAGAAGUUGUCAAGAAACCUCGGCCAGCCAGAACAGAUCGCUAUCAUACCGAAAAUGCGAGCAACAGCUCCGUUCGCCGUCGGCUAGACUUCGGAGAAACUGAUCCUUCGGCAUUGCUUGUUCUUCUGGGUAAGUGAACUUUAAUUACAGUUUGUUGCGUGUAACAGGGUGCAAAGUAGCACUAAUUGAACGAUGUAUCAUGUUAGCGAGAUAACUUAAGUCUUAAGCAGGAGUCAGUUUGAUGACGACUUUACAGGGGCUGUGUCUCAGCUUGCAAGUUCAUUUUGCCGUUUAUGAUGCAAUUUUAAGCGUCCUUAUUCGCUAUGACAGUUGAGAAAUAUCUUAUAAAUGACAAAAUUACAGGUUUGUGUCAAGAGACUAUAAAGGGGACAGAGAGGGCAUCCCCCAUAUACACCCUAUUCCAUAGGUAAUUCGUCUCGAGUUAUUUUUAGAAUCGGGAUAAAGUUACCUCGCGCGAGGCGUGGAUGUUUCGUGGAGGUUUCGCAUGACCAAACGCCGUGCAAAACAUGUCGGGCGAGAGGCAAUGAAAGCGUAAAAAGAUCGAGAGCAUUCCUGAAUAUUGAAGCGAAAUGAGUCGGCGCUCACCUGGGAAAAAGGAAUCGCUGGACUCUUUGACAACCCGUGAAAUCAGUUUAACUCGAAGUUGUCGUAACCUCAGUGCUUUAAUAAAAUGAGAAAUUUCGCCGGUCUAUUGAAACCGGUCGUUUGUACAAUUUAGGGAGUUUAAGAUCCAACGACGCGGACGACAACUAGAACGUCAAAAAAACAAUAGGUUUAAUUAGCAAAACAACAACUUCGCACGUGCAACACACUUUUUUGUUCAUUUCUUUCCCGUUUUUGCACGACUACGACGUGAAAAUGCCUAAUUUCGCGUUUUAUGGAGGACGUAAAUAAGCAACGACGAAAUUUUAUUUUUCUUAGUGAGCUUGAAUAUGGUCCCUUGAAAUUCAGCUUUAGGAGGGUUCGCCUACAAUUGACAAAGUGGGUAGGAAUAAUCGCUAUAAAGACUGAAAAAAUAAACAUCAAACCCGAAAUUGCUCUCUUCAAACUGUAAAUUAUAAAUGAUCCUGAGAGAAUAUUCAGUGUGUUCAGGAUUUCCCUGCUCUACUGUUAGCUCUAUACAAGAGAGGAAGGGCGACUCUUUUUUAAUUUCGGUUUCGCUGACACAGCUUUCGCAGAAAUCUUGCUGUAGUCGUUUUCGUCGACAAAAGGAAUAGCAAAAUCGCUCUCCGCGUCUUCCCCCAUUUUGUUUUGCGUCAUUUCGUGAAGGACGCGUGGCUCUCAGUGUGGGUCAUCCACGCGGAACACAUUCGCACUAUGUGAUUGGCUGUUGUCUAAUCCCCCUUGAGAUCUGUGGUGUUAAAAAUAACUCGAGACGAAUUACCUAUGGAAUAGGGUGUAUAGGGGGGAUGCCCUCUCUGUCCCCUUUAUAGUCUCUUGGUUUGUGUCUAACAAGUAUACCUCCAAGCAUUAUUUCAAACUUGAAAACAGCAAAAAUUAACUUUGAAAAACUGUUAGGCAAACAAGUUUUCAAAAACAACCAUUGCAAUCCGUUUCAAUUUUCUUCAAGAUUUGUCUAUCCGCGCCUUAAUUCUUUUGUAUUUGCCGCGCGUGUUAUCCAUCCCUUCUUUUAACAUUUUGAGCUGUUAUUUUCAUGUUUCACGCAAUUUGAUGGCAGUUCCCUUUUUGAAUUCUGAUAAAUUUUUGACAGAGCUCCUUUAACUCGUAUAUUGGUUUUAUAUUAGCAGAUCUUCUUCCCAAUCGAUGCCAAUCAGAACAGGACGCUCGUGAGCAGUCUUGCCGCUCGAGGAGAACGUGUCUGACCCUUCAACAAAAGACAGCACUAGAACAGCUUUUUCUGAAGAAUAUGUUUCCAAACAGAAGAGAGAAAUCAGCAUUAGCAAUAGAGCUUGGGCUUACCUACUUCAACGUUCAGGUACUUUUACUGGCAACCUGAUGUUUCGACAAAAACGCGUGAUCUAUGCUCUAUAGAUUCAGUUGUAUGUGCAGUAAGAACCCGCGUCUAAGAACCCUUUUUCUAAAAUCUACAAAAAAUUCUCUUCUCUUGAGCAAGUAAGACAAGUCAACAUCCAGGAUCCUCUUUGGAGAUAUAGGUGUCUUAUUACGCCAACCACUGCAAUUGUAAUGGCAUACAGGUUUUACCCUAGGAAUGAGCUGAAUACCACUAAAUACUCUUCGCUACAAUAGAUUUUUUCCUUCAGACGACGUGUCUCGUACUGUAAGCCGCGUAAGAAGAUACUUUGUAACGCAUAUUUCUUAGUUGAGAGAAACUAUGAAAAUGUAUGCCGCUUUAACGAACCGCGUACGGAAUUUGACAAGUAGCGAAAUUGACAUUUGAAAAGCUCAUAAAACCAGUGCUAUGCUUGUAUAUCUAUGCUGUUUGUUUAUCUUUUUUCAGAUGUGGUUUAGAAAUCGACGCCAAAGAUGGAAGAAGGAGAAAAAAGCCAACACAGUUGAUGAGUUGACGCAAGAAAACGAGCCAAGUCUGUCUCCCCGACAAGUUCGAAACUUCUACUACCUUCCCUAUGCCAACAGAACCUCGUCAUCAAGUGUUCCUGACUGGUUACCAGUUCUUCUUAAAUGUGACCGAGAAGUCCUUGCGCCAAGAGAUAUUACUCCGGAUAAAGAACUUUCAAAUUCAAGGAGGCUAACUUCAAACGAUAAAUUAGCCAGAUUUGUAAGACAAGACUAAGGACAAGUUGUGAAUAGUUUGUAACCAGCUGGGUAAUGCAUAACGUGUAUGAUAUUCGAGACUUAACAAGUAAAGUGGACAUAAAAUAUGAUGUAACUGUCAAAAAUAUCUGGAAGCGUAAGUCCCUCUUGUCUUUGCUGUUUUGAUUUUAUAGUUCAUUUGUCGUGAUCAAAGCUGGGGGCGGGGGCUUGGGGGGGCAAACAUGGUUUAUUAUGGGAGAUGUAAAAGUGGCGAAUACUGUAUUAGGGGAAAAGAACUGGGCUCGACCUUGUUACGUCACCGGAUAAAAGCGUCCACACGAUUCCGGAUUAAUCGCGCAUUCAAAAUUUCCACUCUGGAAAGCGGCUUCAAAAAGUUGCGGAUUCGUAUGCCGCAUUCACCGGAUACGUGUGAACAUGGAAAUUUUUGAAUCCGGAAAGAAAAAGUAGCUGAUUCAAAAACAUCGGAAUAAGGGUGGACGGGGCCUAAGUGGUUUCUGUUAUUUUCUCUUUAAAAUGCCAGGUAUCACGAAGAUUCACGUAUUAGUUGUUUAGAAUUACAUAUCGACGUUUAAAAUUAAAUAGUCAUCAACAUAAACCUUCUCCUGUCAUAAAUUCGUUCUUAAACAAAUAUGUUCUAUUUUAUGGCACUUCCACGACAACCCUUCUAUCGUAGAAUACUGUUUAAUUAAGGUUUUCAACAAAGGUUUGUUUGAAUUUAAAAAAAAUAUAUAAUAUUGCAUGGUUUGAUAUUUCGCCUUAAUUUGACCGCUCGUCUGGAUUUCCAGGAAAUUACCUUUAUCCUAUUCUUAGCUCAUUUUCCAUAUUUUCGGCGCUGAAUAAUAAUAGUAUGGAAUAUCCUCCAACUCACAGGUGUUGGUUAAGAGUAAAUAUCUAUUGUUGAAAUUUCUGCUCUCUACCGUGAACUGCAUUUUUAAUUUGUCCUACGAAUAUUCCACACACGUCUUUUUUAAUUUAUGAAAGAGUUUAGCCAAUCAUUUUCGAUGAAGGAAAUUAACACCUUCUGUGCGUCGAAAACAUGAUUUUCAAACUGCAAUUUUAGUACUUUUCUCACUGUUAUCGUAAGGAUUUUAUUUAGAAAAAAAUUAUCUGUAAUUUUUAUAUUGCUCUCUUUGUUUUAUAUUCACUGGACAACCUAUGCUUUUAGGUGAAAUUUAAGAAAGUAAACUGUUUUGCCGAAAUCAAUAACUCGAAGGUUCAAUGGUAACGAGUCUCUUCUAGCCAAUCACAGAAGACGUAUGCAACCAUUGAUUUGAACCGGAACAGGUGGGUUUCUGGUCACUGUAAAAAGAGGUGCCACACCAUAAUCGAGAGAGUAAAUUGUAGCUAUCGUGCAAACAGUGAAGUUCGGUAACUAUUAAAGGAAGUUUAAAGAAAGAAGUCACAUCUCCGAGUUUGUUGAAGACUGAUAAAUCUGCUAGCUCCCCCCUAAAAAGUUCUUCUUACACUAGAGAGUAGGGAAAAUAUUUAGGUCCUUGAAAGAUCAACCAACCGAUUCCAUUUAAUACCAGGUAUGUGGGAUAACACAGUUAAUGACAAGGCUACAAUCGAGAGAUACAGCUAAUAUGACUCAUAAGAAUUCAUAUUGCCUUUUGGCUUUAGGAGGUGUGGUUGACGAAAGCUGAAUUCCUCACCAACUGGCCCGACUACGUGUUUAUUGUGAGGUACUGGAAGGUUAGCGAUGAAAUGGUGAAGCUCAGAUUUGGUUUAGUCUUUUUUGCGGCAGUAAUAUCUGACCAGUGAGCAUUUUAGUCGUUUAAUUCUUCUGUGUUUGCUGUUCUCAUGAUUUUAAUCCAGCCAAUACCCUCGGGACCCCCUGACUUGGCCUCUUCCUUUAGUUUGCUUUUAGUGCGCACUAAAACCACGACAGGUGAUACAAACGGCGUCAUAACUCCUGUCCCCACCCCGGAAGAGUUAGAACCAGGUUGAUCACAACAGAGAAACAAAAGCUCCUGAACACACAACGGGAAUCUUCGGGCGCUGUUUGGAGUUAAGCGGACAGUUGGAAAUUGUUGUCAGAGGUAUGUUUUGAACGGCUGUUGUACAAGAACGUGAAAGGAUUCUCCUUGUGCAAAAGCUAUGAAAAUAGUAAUUGUGAAGCUUAAAAAUUCAAGGGAACGGUGUUAAACUCGGCUUCGGUUAACCUCGUGGCUAACAUGGUGCGAGGUAAAGUUGACGGUCAGUAGGCUAGAUUCACAAAAGUUAAAGAAUAUGUGCAAUAUUAAUGAUAAUAAUAUUAUAUCAAAGGAACUAUAUUCACCUAAAACACACUGUGUACUCAGCGUAAACUCUCUUGGCCGAAAUGGUAGUCAUCUGUACGUGCCACAAGUCGACAAGUGAGAUUCUGGACUCAUCGUGACCUUGUGGGGAUUUUAGCGAUCGCUACGGUACGAGGGGGUUAAAAAUAGCAAUGAAAAUACAUCUGAACUUGUUCUUAGCAUUCUUGCCCGUUUACAGAGCGAUUCCAUUGAGUUUAGGUUCUGCUAUUGUUCUGAGUAUAAACAAUGACUUCCCCAACGUUGGUGACUAAUAAUUGCUAGCGAAGGUCUCGCCUAUCCACUUAAGUAAAUUAGGAAUUUCAGCUGAUAUUCUUCAGUGGAUAUGCGACACGUUUACCUUGGGGAAUAACAUAUGGAGAGAACAACGACAGAACCAAAACUUUCCAGAAUGUCCCUGAAACAGCCAAAAAUGCUAAGAGCACACCAUCAAUGAAACAAGGAGACAAGGUAAGAAGAUAGGUUGUAUUUUUAUUGCUAUGUUGACAUUUAGCCCCCUGAAUAAUGAACACUAAAACCCCCACACAGCUGGCCCUUAUAAUAUUUCUGUUAUGUAAGGAUUCUCACUCGUGAACUUGCCUGUGUAGCUGUGGUUGUAACCACCAAUUUUAUUGACUGCAAAAUCUCAAGCUUAAUGAUAUCUUAUGAAUGCCCCCAUCUUUUCUAUGGGAUUCUGUUAAUAAUCUUUAAUUGUUGUUUGGUUCUGUGAUAAACAUAUUUCUCGUAAAGUUAAAAAUAUAUGAGACCGCUCGAGAGAAGUGACCCUGGAAACAAUCAGAGGUUCUUUGUUUCAGUGUUUGAUACAUUUGAAUCACAAAAAGAUGUUUACGUACAUGGACUAUUGCUUAGCAAUGUACAGUGCCGGGUUUUGCUAACAUCGAUAUGUAAUGUGUUCAUUCAAUUUAUAUGAGCCAGGUAAGUUCCACACAAUAGUCAUGUAUAGGGCUGUGGGGCAAUCUUUAACAUCAAACCAACUUAGAUGCUAUAAAAGAUAUUUGGAGCUUGUUCAAAUGGUGGGGAGCACACUUCACUAAAUAGAUCUCUUUUCUUUACAAAGUCAAGUGGUUUAAUUGGAGCUUUCUUAAGGUAACAGCUCUAUUAAAAUAUGAACCUUUAAACUGCACCAUCUCUGUACUCAAUAUUGUUUAAAAGAAGGAAGUAAUUUUAAUGUUCGGCUUUUGAAGAGAAAAAAAUGUGAAGAACCAAAUUGCUCUUGUUUGACUUUUAGUGGUGAAAUCUUUUAUGCCAAAAUCUCAUUUGUUCCAAAUAUGACAAGGCUGUGCUUUAAGGAAAAUUCAAGGGAGCACAGUACUCUGAACCUGUAAAAUUUAGGGUGUUCAGCAUAUGAUUUGCAAGAAAAAAAGUAAGAUUUUUGAGUCACCCAGGAGUGUAAGUUAGGCACUAGAGGUCACCAGGCUCUGCAAGAGCAGAGCCCUGAACUUUUUGACUGUAGUAUCUUCAGCCUCAUGGAGCUGGUCCAUCAACUUGUGACACCCAAGAACAUACAAAAUACAUGAGCUCAGACCACUGAGAUGGGCUGUUGUUUCAAAAUAGCUAAAAAAAGACAAAUUCUGUUAAAAUACAUAGAGGAUACGACAUGCAUGGGCAUGCAAGUAUCUAUGAAAUCUGUCUCUUUUGGUUGCUGAACAUGAGAGGAUAAAUGUAGCCAUACAUGUAGCAAUAAAAUGGUGACCAUGUGUGAAGAUAUACUACUUAUUUACUGAGAGUGAGGUCAUUACAGGGAAAUUUUAGACCGAGGCCUUGAGUUCAAUACAUCAAGGCCGAGGUCUGAGAUUUCCUUGUAAUGACCGAAUGGACUAGGUUAAUAAGUUAUUUAUUAUUUGGCCUUUUCAUUAUGGAACUGAGCCUGCGAUCAAUGAAAACCAACAACUGGUCAGCGGAUAACUUAAAAAAUGUCACCGCAAUGAGUUGUACACUUGAGUUGUACACAUUCAGGUGAUACUUGUCAGCGGAUACCCUUUUUGACAGCUGUCAAUUGAUCAUAACGUGGAUGUCCAUAAGGAUGUCUACUAUCAAGUUAAACACAGAAUGUUUAUGCCUUGGACACUUAGCUAGUAAUGCCUGGUCAUUACAAGGAAAUAAUGCCUGGUCAUUACAAGAAAACAGCCAAUCAGAGUGUGCAUACUGUUGUAGCCAUAUAAUAAAACAUGUUAAUUUAAUGUGUCAAGAUAUCAUGUUUUUGCGCCAAAGCUAACCUGGUAUUUCAUCAGUGGUUAUCUAAUAGAUUCAAAUAUAUAUUUUUCUGGUCCUUUUAUGUAGUUAAUAUAAUUUUGUAUUUAAAACUGAUGAAUGUCUUUUGAGGUACUGGAAAAAACAGAAUGGGACAAUUAAUUGCUUUAGUGCUGAUUUGAAUGAUUGUCUUUUUUAAUUCUGUGUUUUAAUUGUGGCAUGUAUUGUACUGCCAUGUGAUUGUGUGUCAGGUGAUCUUUUAUCUUACAGUGAUACCAGACUUGUGUUCCAUUAACAUGACACAUUUUUUGUGCAUUUCCUGUUGUUUGAUUGAGCAGAAUAAUUAAUUAUUGAUAAGUGACUUCAGAUAAACUUCAAGAUUACAUUGUUCCAAAGAAUUGUUGUUAUGUGAACAGUCACUUGAGGCUUUGUUCCUAGCCUCCAAUGCAGACGUUCUUAGGGCUUUGUCACAAAUUCCUCCCCCAUGUCUGCAAAACCCUAAGAACAUCUGCAUGGUAGGCUACUUGUUUCAGAAAGAGCAAUAUGAAAUUGCCUCCUUGCAAAAAGCAAGUAUUAUCUUGCAGUUUUAGUUUAAAUUAUUAGCAUUUACAUUUGACCACUGUGAUUUUUCUCUAAUACACACUGUUUUUGGCUGAGGAGGAAUUUAUCAUCCUUUCUGUCUAAGAAGGUCCUAACAAAGCCCAUAAUUUUGAAAAUUCUAAUAUUGGUGUUUUCACACUUCUUUACUUAUUGCUAAAGGGAGUUUACAGUAACAUGUUACCUGAAGUUUAAAAAGUAGAAAGUAGUGCCGAAAUAUUUUUCACUCUCUCAUCCAUAGGGUAAAUUAAAUUUAUUAAUCUGUUGGUGUUGUGGCAUUUUCUGUCAGAGCUAUGAUGCAGGCACUUUGGGGGGAAGGGAAGGGGGUGCAGAAGAAAGAAUUCUUGUGGGGGUUGGGGAAGAGGGCAAAGAGACAGGCAAGAGAAUAAACGAAACAAAACUAAUGACUAAUGACAGGCUUUCUUGGAUAAGGCAAUCACUCAAAUCUCAAAUCUUUAUUUUUUUUAUUUGUGGAAGCUUUUAUCCCUACAUAAUACCCUUCUUUGCCCCAUUUUUAAAUAGUUUUCAGCGUUGUCAAUAAUUUUCCCCUUGUGUUUUCAGGACAGGUACUUGUAGAAAAACAUGGAUCAAGUGGGACAUAAACAUGAUGAUUCAAAAGAAAGCUCAGUAAAAGAUUUAAACCGGAGUUGUUCCCAGAAAGCAACCAAGAAGAGUGCUUCAGCAUCAAAGUCUUCAUCUGAGGGUGAAAAUUUGUCAACUAUGGAAGUUUCUGAAAUCAAGCAUGAGUGUGAUGAUCGUGAUCGGGAUAGCGAGGAACGUGAUCGUGAGCGUGAUGAUGGCGAUCGUGGUGUUCGUAAGUAUUCCAGAGUAAGGAAAUACAAGUGUGAUGAUUGCGAUAAGUUAUUUCCAAGCCCGGCUGCUCUUAGGUUACAUAGUGUUGUACAUAGUAAAGAGCGACCGUUUAAGUGCAAUCAGUGUGACUGCAAGGGCUUUAAAACUCCUGACAAGCUGAGGAGACACCUUGCCGUCGUUCAUUCAGAUGACAGACCAUUCCAGUGCAGCAAGUGUGGGCAACACUUCAAAAGUCAGGAAAUUCUUAGAAACCACGCUGUUAUUCACAGUGAUGAUCGACCUUUUCAGUGCAGUCAAUGUGGAAAGCGCUUUAAGAGAAGUGGAGAUUUGACCGAACACUUAAAAACGCACACUGUCCGUGCGCGGUCUUUUAAGUGCAGUCAGUGUGACAGCACUUUCAUGAAAGCCAAAUGUCUGAAGCAGCACAGUCUAUCACACAGUAAAGAGACACCUUUUCACUGCACUCAGUGUGGGAAAGGCUUCCGGACAACUGCAAUGCUUAAGAGACACCGUAUAGUACACAGUGAUGAACGGCCUUUCAAGUGCAGCAAAUGCCAUAAAGCCUUCAAGACAACCCAUGAGCUCAAAGGUCACCAAAUAGCACACACUGAUGAAAGAACCUUCCAGUGUGACGUGUGUGAAAAGUUCUUUAAGAGCAAAAGCCACCUGAAAGGACAUGUUUAUAAAACUCACCGAGAAGAGAGGCCAUUUAAGUGUUCUUUAUGUAGUGUGUGCUUCAAAGACAGAAGUAAAUUGAAGCGACACGAGAAUUCAGUUCACAGUGACAGUAGACCAUUUCUGUGCAAAGUUUGUGGGAAAUAUUAUAAGACGCAGGAGGCUUUGACCAGCCAUCUUCGGCUGCACAGUGGCAAAAGACCGCACGUGUGCUCGUUGUGCGGAAAGGGGUUUCCAACGUCUUCACAGCUAAGUGGUCACUACAGGGCUCAUAGUGAUGAGAGACCUUACAAGUGCGACCAGUGUGAGACGAGAUUCAAGACACUCUGCGCCAAGCAGAAGCAUAUGAUGUUGCAUAACAACGAUAAACGGUUACAGUGCAGUUUGUGUGGAAAGGUUUGCCAGAAUUCACAGCAUCUCAAAGUUCACCAGAGCCGAGUUCACAGUGAUGAAAGACCAUUUAAUUGCAGCUCAUGUAAAAAGUCCUUCAAGACUAGAUUUGAACUGAAAAAACAUCAAGUCUCUCAUAGCGAUGAGAGGCCUUUUGAGUGCUCUGUGUGCGAAAUGUGGUUUAAAUCAUCGGAACAACUGAAUAAGCAUUUUAAAACGGUAUCACAUUUAAAGUGGCUAAAAGCAAUGCCUCCGGAUGAGAAGCCAUUUAAGUGUAACCAGUGUGAACGGGCGUUUCUAACAGCGUCAGACCUUAAAGAACAUAGUUACGUCCACACUCGUGAAAGGCUGCCUGAUUGUUGGUUGUGUGGGCGCAUGUUGGUAUCAGAAGAAUCCCUACGCCAGCAUACCCAGAAAUGUGUGAACAGACUUGUACACUCCAAGACUUUUGUGACUUAA